AUGAGUAAAUUAUUUGUUGAGUCAUUAGAUGAAGUCUCUUCAAAGAGCUUUGUUAAUAACCUUAACAAAGCUAAGGAUAGUAAUUCUACAACAAGUAGCGUCGAGUUUGAGAAAGAAUUUAAGGACGGUUCAAUGUCUUCCCAAAUUAAAGAAGAAGAAAGAAAACCAAAGAAGAGAGAUGAUAAUAAUGAAUAUGAAUAUUAUUAUCUACUCCCUGAUGGGAGUUUAGGAAAAGAUACUGGGUUUGGUGUCUUCAAAGUCGAAGACAAACAAAUUAUUAAGGCAGAAAUGCCGGUAAAGAUUAAAUCAAACUCCAGUCAAGGAGUUAUAAAAGAUACUGGUUUUGAUUGGUAUGUUAAAAUAAAAGACUAUUUAACCAAUACCAAUGAAUAA